AUGAGUGGUGAGUGGAGUAGUGUACAUUAUGAAACGGCAACGAAUGAUUUUGUGAAUGAUUUAAAAAGUUUAUCGUUAUUUCAAAAAUCAAAUGAAUAUGCUGAUACAAUUGAACGUUUACUUAUCUAUUUAAAACAAGCGACUCCUUAUGGAUUAUUAAAAAACAAACCAUUUGCCUUUGCUAUUAUCGAUAAUUUACAUCGAAUCAUAUCAAUAUUUGAUAAAAAAUUAUUAGAUGAAAAUGAAAAUUCUCAAUUAACAAAUUUAUUUUUAAAUUCAAUCAGUGAUUUAUAUCAAGAUGUAAAUUUAUACGAACUAUUUCUUGCUAUUAAAGAUGUAACUCGUAUUGAAAUUAUUUUUCAUAAUUAUUUACCAUUAUUAAAACAAAAUUAUUUUACAAAUGAUGAUACAUAUGAUUCUCUUAUUACUUGUAUUUUACCUAUUAUUGGAUGUUCAUCUGCAUUUGUUUUAAUCAAUGAAAAUAAUUUACCAUCAAAUCUUCUUUCAUAUUUACUUGUAUUUGCUAAAAAUAAUUGGCAUAAUAAACAAAGACAAAACGUCAUUAUUAGUAUUUUAAUGCUAAUUAAAAUAUUAUGUAAAAAACCUAUGUUAGUAGCAAUGAUCAUUCGUUCUGAAUGGCCAAAUGCUUGUAUUCAAUGGUUAGAAGUAAGUGGACCAAGACCAUCAAUAAAAACUGAUUGUUUACUUGCUCAUAUCUUAUUAAAACUUGCUCGACAUGCAGUAGCUGUUGAAUAUUUGAAUCAAUUAAAUUGUAUUCAAGCACUUAAUGCAAGUAAAGAACAAAUGAAAAAAGAUUAUACUGAAGAAGAAUAUGCAACUAUUGAUUUUAUACAAUCUAUAAUUUAUGCUUUACUUGUCGAAGCUGAUGAAAUCAAACGAAAUUUUGUAUUUGCUGAUAAAUUGAUGUGUAAUAUACUUAAACAACUUGUUUCCUAUACAAUUCAAGCAUCGAAAAAUGAAUUAUUUAUACACAAAGGUUGUCAUAUAUCCGAAUUUUUAUGUGUAUUAUGUAAAUUAUUUGUUAAUGAUGAUAUUGUAAAUAAAUGUUUAAAUGAAAGUAGUCAAUUAUUUGAUUGUCUAACUCAAUUACUUAUUCAAUUUACAAUGACUAAUAAUGAUUUAACAAGAUGUCAACAGGCACUUAAUGAUGAAGCAUUAGUAUCAUUAGCUAAUCUUUUAUGGAGUAUAUCAUUUCAUGAAUCUUAUCAUGAAAAAUUUCGAUCAAAUAAAGCUCUUAUGAAUACAAUAUCAAAUUUAGCUACAUCAUCAUUAUUAUAUACCAACACCCAUAAUAGAUCAUGUCCACGAGAUAUAUGUUCAUUAAAAAAAGCAACAGAAGGUAUUCUUUGGAAUUUAAAAUCCUUAUAUAUAACUCAACAAAAACAUAUAUCCGAAGAAAAACCAAUGAUUAUGAUUAGUUAUUCUCAUAGCGAUUCAAUAUUUUGUAAGGAAGUUGUUGAACAUUUAUCUCAAUAUAUAACUGUUUGGGUCGAUUAUAAACAAGUAACUCAAAAUAAUGCGCAUUCAGAUGAUUUAUGGGAAGAAAUUGCUGGUGCUAUGGAAAUGGCAAGUAUUAUUAUUUUAAUUGUAUCAAAAGAAUAUUAUGAUUCAAAAUCAUGUCGACAAGAACUUUCUUAUGCUACUGAUACAUUAAAAAAACGUAUUGUACCUAUUUAUGCUCCAGAACAACAAUUUAAAGCAAGUGGUUGGCUUGGAAUACGAAUUGCUGGUCAAAAAUAUGUACAUUUUGGUCGAAAAAAUUUUACCGAGGCUUUCAAUGAACUUCUUUCAUUAGUUACUGUUGAUCAAAAAUCGAUUGCGAUACCAGCAUCAACAUCAUCACCAUCAAAACCAAUUGUAGCAAAAACAUCAAAAAUUGACACUUCAUUGAAAUCUUGGACAUCAAAAGAUAUUCGAAAAUGGUUUGAAGAUAAUCAUAUUCAUAAAGAUUUAAUUACGCUUUUUGCUGAUCAAUUUUAUACUGGUACAGCUUUGAUUGUUUAUGCACAUCAUUUAAAACGAUUUUAUCGUAAUGAAUAUUCAGAAAUUUCAACAAAUUAUUCGAGAACAUUUCAUGGUAAACGACUUCAAACAAUUGAUUUUAUUACAUUUGCUGAUGCAUUUUGGCGUUUACGUGAAGAACACGAUCCUCAAAGUAAAAUCGACGAUACAUGUGAAAAAUAUACUACAAAUCAAUUAUCAUGUCCAAUGAAAGUUUUAAAAGAAGGAACAGCAUGGCUGUGUCAACGUACAGCUGCCACAGUGAUGAAAGAAAAAAUUAUUUUGAAUUUAUCUAUAUCAUCGAGAGUAACAGGCCGAAACAAUCAUUUUAUGCACUAUGAUCGUCUCAAACAAACUCCAAAUUCUAGGCAGGAUAAUCUUGCUGAACAAGUUUCAAAUACUACACAAUAUAAAACUGUUCAACAAACUCAAGAACCAAAAAUUAAAAGUGAACCAACUGACUAUAUACAAAAGGCACGGUAUGAUUGUAACCCACAUUAA